AUGGCUACGAUGUCGUUAAGUCAAAGAUCAACCAAUUUCCGAAGCCCAAACCACCACAGCACGGUGGUUGAAGAGAUCGGUGGGUUGAUACGUGUUCACAACGACGGCCACGUUGAGAGACCUCUGGUUGUACCUCAUGUUUCUUGCAUGGUGCCAUUGGAGCUCGAGGUUGCAGCCAGAGAUGUCACGAUAGACCAGUUUAAUACCAACUUGUGGGCUCGGGUUUAUUCCCCUAUCAACCGCCGGUUUUCAUCAAAGCUGCCGCUGAUGGUUUACUUUCACGGCGGAGGGUUUUGUGUGGGAUCGGCUUCUUGGGCUUGUUACCAUGAAUUUUUAACAAACCUUACUCGUGUUACUUCUUGUGUUGUUGUAUCUGUAAACUAUCGUCUCGCUCCCGAGAACCGGCUGCCGGCUGCUUACGAUGAUGGGAUCAACGCCAUUUUGUGGCUAAAACAAGAAGCUUUGAAAGGAACCAUUAACGAGCUCAAAUGGUGCGAUUUUUCGAACCUGUUCCUAGCCGGGGACAGCGCUGGUGCAAACAUUGCAUACCACGUGGCUUCACGGCUAGUGUCUAGGCACGUUUCGACACCAAAGGGGAUGAUUCUGAUUCAGCCCUUUUUCGGGGGAGAAACAAGAAGUAUGUCCGAGAAAAAGUCUAGCCAGCCGUCUAACUCAGCGUUAACGCUAUCGGCUUCUGAUACAUAUUGGCGGCUGGCACUUCCUGUAGGGGCGAUGCGAGACCACCCAUGGUGCAACCCUCUCGCUAGGGGUGCACCGAGAUUGAGUGAUCUGAAGGCAUUGAAAACGAUGGUUUGCGCGGGUGAGUUAGACAUACUAAAAGAUCGAAACUUAGAAUUGGCAGCUUCCCUAGCCGGUUCGGGUUCACGGGUGCAGUCCAUGGUCUACAAAGAUGUUGGACAUGCGUUUCAAGUAUUGAAGAAUUACCCAAUGGCUCAGACCCGAACCCAUGAAAUGAUGAUUCAUAUAAAGGCUUUCAUUAACCAGUAACUAGCUACUGAUCUGAUCAUGGCCAACUGCCGAUCUUAGAUUAACUGUAUAAAAUCUAGACUUAAAUGGUUCUUGUGUAGGUUAAGUUGUUAUAUAAACAAUAG